UGCUAAUAACUAUUCUGUUCAUUAUAAGAUUGUUGAUUGCAAGAUCCAAGACCUCCCAGUGAACUAGGUAAUUUGGUUUUGUUAUAGUGAUAAAUGUUAAGAAAACCAGAUAAAUGGAGCUCGUAAAAUGCGUUGCAGUCGGCGAUUCUGGCGUCGGUAAAACCUGUCUGUUCAUCACACAUGUCUCAAAUGAGUUCCCCGAGGACUACCGACUUUGUGUAUUUGAUGGCUCGUUAAAUGUUACUGUGGACGGGAAGCAAGUCCACCUGAGACUAUGGGAUACAGUGGGUCACGACGACUACGGCGCCGGCCGACUUCGACCACUGUGUUACCUACAGACUAAUGUAUUCCUUAUGUGCUUCUCGCUCGUUGAUCCAACGUCCUUCGAGAAUAUUCGAACUAAGUGGAUUCGUGAAGUGCAAUAUCAUUGCCCGUUGGUACCUAUCAUCUUGGUUGGAACCAAGCUGGAUCUUCGCGAGGAUAAGGAAACCGUCCAGAUGCUUAAAGACAAAACGCUUGCGCCUAUCACAUAUCCACAGGGCCUUGGUAUGGCGAAGAAGAUAGGGGCAGUGAAGUACCUCGAGUGUUCUGCGUUAACAACGGAAGGCCUAAAUACGGUGUUCGAUGAUGCGACACGCGUCGGGCUUAUGCCUCUACCGUCGCUCAAGAAGAAACGGGCGUGCGCGCUACUAUAAAAUAUAACACCAUUAUUUUUAUUACAUAAGCUAACUAUGAUAAUUUUCGUACUUAACUUCGAUCAAAGUCGUGGUGUCUAAUGUUGAGUUGAGUGCGCUGUCAGAACCCUAAUCAUCUGGUUUAACAAGUUACUCGGUGAUUUCAAGUCAAAAGUUAAUUUUUGUGAUUGCUAGGGGCGCUGUACAAAUUGUCAUACAAAAUUGUCAACAGCAUCGUUAACUAUUUAGUUAACGAUGCUGUUGCUAGCAAUUAUCGAUAACUAUCAUAAACUAUCCGGUCAGAGUACUCUAAAUAAUAAUAAUAAUAAUAACGCACACACUCAACAUAGCCCCGCACUAGGGAAAUUCUGUGUCGCGGGUUCUAUGGA